CGCUCGGGGCCAUGGCAGGGGGCGGAGGGGGCCCGUGCGGGCGGGCCCGGCUGCUGGCCGUGCUGCUGGCCGGGCUGCUCGGCGGGACGCGGGGCUUCGGCGACGAGGACGAGCGGCGUUGCGACGCCAUCCGCAUCGCCAUGUGCCAGAACCUGGGCUACAAUGUCACCAAGAUGCCCAACCUGGUGGGACACGAGCUGCAGGCGGACGCGGAGCUGCAGCUCAUCACCUUCACCCCCCUCAUCCAGUACGGCUGUUCCAGCCAGCUCCAGUUCUUCCUUUGUUCAGUCUAUGUCCCGAUGUGCACUGAGAAGAUUAACAUCCCCAUCGGUCCCUGCGGUGGCAUGUGCCUCUCUGUCAAAAGGAGAUGUGAACCUGUGUUAAAAGAAUUUGGGUUUGCCUGGCCGGACAGCCUAAACUGCAGCAAAUUCCCACCCCAGAAUGAUCACAACCACAUGUGCAUGGAGGGCCCGGGGGACGAAGAGGUUCCCCUUCAUAGCAAGACCUCUUUGCAGCCUGGAGAAGAAUGCCACAGCAUGGGAUCUAACUCGGAGCAGUACAUCUGGGUGAAGAGAAGCUUGAACUGUGUCCUGAAGUGCGGCUAUGACGCUGGUCUCUACAGCAGGUCAGCUAAGGAAUUCACAGAUAUCUGGAUGGCCGUGUGGGCCAGUCUUUGCUUCAUCUCAACUGCCUUCACAGUCCUGACCUUCCUGAUUGAUUCAUCCAGAUUUUCCUACCCGGAGCGCCCGAUCAUAUUUUUGAGCAUGUGCUACAAUAUUUAUAGCAUUGCUUAUAUUGUGAGGCUGACUGUGGGCCGGGAAAGGAUAUCCUGUGAUUUUGAAGAGGCAGCAGAACCUGUUCUUAUCCAAGAAGGUCUUAAGAACACAGGAUGUGCUAUAAUUUUCUUGCUGAUGUACUUUUUCGGGAUGGCUAGCUCCAUCUGGUGGGUUAUUCUCACAUUGACGUGGUUCCUGGCUGCAGGACUCAAGUGGGGCCAUGAAGCUAUAGAAAUGCACAGCUCUUAUUUCCAUAUUGCAGCCUGGGCUAUCCCCGCCGUGAAGACUAUUGUGAUUUUGAUUAUGAGACUAGUAGAUGCAGACGAGCUCACCGGUCUGUGCUACGUUGGGAACCAGAACCUGGAUGCGCUGACAGGCUUUGUCGUCGCUCCCCUUUUUACCUACCUGGUCAUUGGGACUUUAUUCAUUGCAGCGGGACUCGUGGCCUUAUUUAAAAUCAGGUCUAACCUCCAGAAAGACGGAACUAAAACUGACAAACUGGAAAGGCUGAUGGUCAAAAUUGGUGUCUUUUCAGUGCUGUACACUGUCCCAGCAACGUGUGUCAUCGCCUGUUAUUUCUAUGAAAUCUCCAACUGGGCCAUUUUCCGCUAUUCAGCAGAUGAUUCCAAUAUGGCAGUGGAGAUGCUUAAAAUCUUCAUGUCUCUUCUGGUGGGUAUUACAUCAGGUAUGUGGAUCUGGUCAGCCAAAACUCUGCACACGUGGCAGAAAUGCUCAAACAGACUGGUGAACUCAGGGAAAGUGAAACGGGAGAAGAGAGCAGAUGGUUGGGUGAAACCUGGGAAAGGGAACGAGACUGUGGUGUGAAAAAAGAACAACACCCUGAUGGUCUGACUGCUCUCCCGUGAAGGACUGACCGUGUGUAAGCAUUGCUGUGUAAAUCUUGGGAGUAGAGCAGGGAGACGGUUACACAGCCUCUCUCUGGGGAAUGGAAAAAAAGUGUUAAAGAAUAAAGAGCAAAAAGAUCAUGCUGCAGAUAUGAUAGCCAUAAACCAUUGUUGUCCAAAAUAGGAAAGCCCAGGGAGGCUUUAAAAGCUGUGAAAUAUCCAAACACGUUAUCUUCCCUUUUUUUAAAGCAGGAUGCAAUAUACCGAAGUCUUUAGCAGCUGAGGGAUUAUAUCCCACAGCUGUGGGACGUUGUCUUCUUUUUCUCGUCUUAUAGCCAGUGGAGGAAAGGCAGUCUGGGGCCAAAUUCUGGACUGAUUUGGGGACCAUAUCGCAGAAGAUGGGCCUCAGUCAGGUGUCUUCUUUCUGAAUUCAGCAUUGUGAAGGAAGCACUUGUUGAGGGUUGUGCCUUUAUGCCCUGGGGAAUUUUGUUGCUCCCAUAUGCUGCACAACUCAGCUCCUCCAAUAAAUACCAACUGGACUUUCCAGGCCUGAGAGUUACCCAUGAUGAGUAAGAUUCAGUGAGGUGUUAGUGAGGAUGAUUCUUUAAGUCAUCUGGUGGCCUAAUAGUAAUUUUGACUCAUUCUUUUUACCAUCUGUAACCUGAUCUGAAUUGAGGUUAACUCUACCUAGCAGAAAUUUGGACCUCCCAAGGUCCCUUCCCACCUGAAUUAGUCUGUGGUCCUAUCAAUAUUUCUUACAUUUUUUUUUAAAGCUUUACUCAAGGCCUUUGUCAGCAGCAGAGGAUUCGGUGGGAUCUGGGAAACCCUGUAUGGUCCUCUGCAUCGAUUAUCAUUAUCUAUCUGCCUCCAUUCCUGUCCCCUCAGGUGCUCCUGCUAUUUCCAGCAGACUACUUUAUUCUGCUGUAUUUAAUAGCUUUAAAUAAAGUCUUGCGUUAUAGUGUUCCUUUCUCCAGAUAAAAAGGAGUUGAGGGUCUCAAUUCUAGUUUUCUCCAAGAAAGCUUAUCUGUCUCUCUCUGGAGACCAGUUGCAUGAGGCAAUUAAGUCUUAAUAUAUUUCAUUCAGUGCGAUGGUAUCUCUGCCGACGCCAGUCUGGGGAGAAGUGAAACGUUAAGUUCCUUGGCAACCUCGUGUUCACACAGAUCAGUUGUAUAAUUAUGUGUGUCAGUUACAAUUAAAAGAACAUUCUCAGCCCAUGACAUCACAGCACAGCUGACGGCCUCACAACGAUGCUCCGCUUGCUCGCUGACAGCUAUGGAGAUUGGGGUUUUUUGGUAAUAUAUAUUUACAUGCAGAGUGUGAGCAGCCCUUCAGUUCUCAGAAAUGGCAACAGACAUUUCCAGUUUUUGUAACAGGAUCCCAAGAGAACAGAUCCAACUUCUUAGCAAAUGAUGUUGUUCCACAGCAACUGUUGAGUUUUCUUAUCCUUUUUGUCUGAGGAGGCAUCCGUUUGUGCUCUUGGGGAGCCUGAACCUUGUGUCAGGAGCUUGUGUGGCUAAUAAGGAAGCUGAUGCAACUAGAAAUAGCCCAGAAGCACUUGAGAGAACAGUGUUAUGAUGCUCUAUCCCUUUGAAAGACCUUCUGUUUUAUCCGUGAACUCUAAAAUUUUGCUUCUUUUGUUUCUUUGGGACCUGGUCAGCUGCAGCCGUCCCCCGGUGCCCUGACCAGCAUGACCUUCGAGGGCAACUGAGAACAAGCCCUGCUUUAUUGCAGUCCUCACUUUUCAUACAGGUGCCCUAUCUGCUUCCCAAGCCACAAUUCAUUCCAGUCUUGGCCAUGAGCACUAAUCUGUCCCAGAAGUGUGUAUUGUUUCAAUGUCAAUGUUGAAACAUAUGCUAGAGCACAUUUUAAAAAAAACAACCAAAAACCCAAACCCCAAACAAACCCUAAUUGCAGUCUUUGUGGUUGGGCUCUCUCCCCAGCAGAACAAGUGACUACUUGACACAUUCUGCCCACGAUGCACAAGCAUUGUCUUAGCCAAUACUACAUACCAGCUCAGCCUUUUCAUCCUCUCCAUAAAGUCCCUUGCUAUUAGUGUUGUGUGUAGCUCUGGUUAUUCCUCUGUGAACAAGGAGUUCUGCAAGUAGGAGAUCUUCAGAUAGCUGAGCUUCUCCAUGGUGUGCUCUUUCUACUGGCGCAGUGAGGAGUGUAAAUUCUGCAGUUAUGUGGUGACUUUCAAGGGGUGAGGACACAGGAUGAACCUUUUUCAUAGAAUGAUAGAAUGGUAGGGGUUGGAAGGCACCUCUAGAGAUCAUCUAGUCCAACUCCCCUGCCAAAGCAGGUUCCCCUAGAUCAGGUCACACAGGAACAUGUCCAGGCAGGUUUUGAAAGCCUCCAGAGAAGGAGACUCCACACCCUCCCUGGGCGGCCUGUGCCAGGGCUCCAUCACCCUUACUGCAAAGAAGUUUCUCCUUAUGUUUAAGGGGAACUUUUUGUAUUCCAGCUUAUGUCUGUUACUCCUUGUCCUGUCACUGGGAACAACAGAAAAAGUGUUGUCCCAUCCUCUUGACAUACACCUUUUAAAUACUCGUGUUAAUGAGGUCCCCCUGUUAGUCUUCUCUAGACUAAACAGCCCCAAAGUCCUGCAGCCUUUUCUCAUAAGGAAGAUGCUCCACCUCCCUGAUCAUCUUGGUGGCCCUGUGCUGGACUCUCUCCAGCAGUUCCCUGUCCCUCUUGAGCUGGGGAGCCCAGAACUGGACACAGGACUCCAGAUGAGGCCUCACCAGGGAAGAGCAGAGCGGGAGGAGAACCUCCCAUGACCUGCUGGCCACACUUCAUGAUGCAUCCCAGGAUGCCAUUGGCCGCCUUGGCCACGAGGGGACAUUGCUGCUCCUGUUUAGUUUGCUGUCCACCAGAACUUCCCAGUCAUUUUGUUGUAAACUCGUCUUGGGAUGUGCCAAGGUGUCACGCUCACUCAAGUGUCCUUUACUCUGAAAUGGUUUGGAUAUUCUCCUGAAUGAUGCAACGCAUAUUUGACCUGACUGAUUCAAUAAACAGCAUUUUAAACCAUGGUAUGUACACAGAAGUGAAUGUGAAGUAGUGCCUUGUUAUCAGAUGUCUACAUCUCUUCCUGUGGACUGUGUCAGGUGGAUGUCCCGAGUGAUUUGAGACAUUUGGAAGGGAGUUGUAUAAGGAUGGCACUGCAUAGCCUUUUGAGGGACCUUGGGUGAUGUUCCAUUACAAAGUGUGAGGGACUUACUUAAAUACUAUGAGGGUGGCUGAGGAGAGGCACCAGCUGCUGCCGUUCCUGAAGGAAGAUCCUUCCCAAGCAUUCAGGAGGAUGCUACCAACCCAAAGUGAGAUUAGCUGUUGCAACAGAAAAGCCAUUCAUCCACAUGCAUGUAUUCACCUUGCUCUGCCUUGGGGCUGAGUGAAGAGUCACAGCAGAUACCCACUCGUGGUAACUGCCAGGUUAUCUGCAGCUCCUGCGUUCUCUCGUUUCACUAUUGUUAUAAAUUUAAAGCCAAAUAUGUGUGACUAAUCUUUUAUCUCAGAAGUGCAGUUGCUGUGGUUAUACAACUAGAAACUUUGCAGCAGUUACCUUCCCUGCACAGUCCCUGCUCCUUCCCCACCCCCCUCAGUGUGGGCUCUCCUCACUACGGGCCUGCCAGAGAGGUACAAGCAUUGCUCUUACAUUAAACUGACAAGUUAGCUCCUUUUUACUGAAUUUUAAGGAAACACACACUGAUUAUUUUGGGGUGUACAGAAAAUAUAUCUACUUCUAUGUAUGUACUGUAAAUUUCUAAUUUAUCACUGUAAAAAAACCAAACCAAACAACUUUGCUAUUUAAUUUUAUAUCAAAAUAAAAUUUUAACCGCUGUGGAUAA